UGGCACCGACAUCAUUAUGAAUCCUGGUGACGAGGUGAUCCUGCCAUUCUGGAGUCUGCAUCACGACCCUCGUUACUGGACACAUCCUGAAGUCUUCCUGCCAGAUCGCUUUCUGCCGGAGAAUAAAGUCAACAUUAUUAGCUUUACUCACAUGCCCUUUGGGAUGGGUCCAAGGAACUGCAUAGCCAUGAGAUUUGCCUUGAUGGAGACCAAAGUUGCUCUGGCUAAGCUGGUGUUGGCAGCAGAACUGCACCUGGACGUCGGUUGUGAGGAACUGAAAGUAGAACAAUCUCUUUUUCUUUUGAGGCCAGAUGGAAGUGUAAAUAUCGUGAUCACACCUCUCACGGCCGACAUACAAAGCUAAAUACUCAUAAACAUUGACUGGUCAAGACAGAUAGUAAUUUCUAGAAUCGAUGCAAGAUUAUUUUGUCCUAUCUUUGUUUUGUCAAUGCCGAUUUUUUAAGGAAAAUUCUAUUUGCUUGUAAGUGAAUGGCAGGGAUGAUUAGGUCUCUAUAUGAAGGACUUUUAUCUCUCCUUAAAUAUUAGAACAAAAAAUAAUAGAUAAAAAAACAUAAAUCAGGCUCUGACUGAGGAAUUUUAUAACAGAAAAUGAAAGAUGUACACCUGAAAAAUCCGAAAAUUCUACAUAAAUAAUUCCUCUUCGUGAUUUCAACCUUACAAAUGUAAAACUCUUAAAUUACAUUCACUUGUUAGACGAAGAAUGAGGGAGACAUGAUCGAAGUGUAUAAGUGGAAGAUAGGUAUUAAUAAAGGGGAUAUUAACAAGGUCUUGAGGAUAUCUCUCCAAGAGAGAACCCGCAGUAAUGGAUUUAAAUUAGAUAAGUUUAGAUUUAGAAAGGACAUAGGAAAGUAUUGGUUUGGAAAUAGGGUAGUUGAUGAGUGGAACAGUCUACCUAGUUGGGUUAUUGAGGCUAGGACUUUGGGUAGUUUCAAAUUUAGGUUUGAUAAAUACAUGAGUGAGUGGGGUUGGAUUUGAGUGGGACUGUCACAUCAGAGCUUAUUUCUUGGAUAGCAUUGAAAAUUGGGUUGGGCAAAUGUUUUGUUAGUGGGAUGAAUUGUAAAGGACCUGCCUAGUAUGGGCCAACAGGCCUCCUGCAGUGUUCAUCCUUUCUUAUGUUCUUAUGUUCUUAAAACAGAAAAUGCUGGGAGAAAAUAAACCAGAAACCAGGAAACCUUUCCAGAGUUCUCAUAAUGAUCACUCUCAGUCCAAGUCAUUGUAUAAAAAAUAUAAUGCAGAAAUGUUGAAGGUUGGUAUAAAUACACAACGAUAUUAUCAAACUUUUUUUUUUCUUUCUUUCUUUCUUUGUGUGACCUCCUCUUCAAGGGGGGCUCCUUGGCGUGGUGAAGAGGCUCUUGGUCUGAGGAAUUAGACCUGUCGGUCUUCUUCCUCAGACCGAACCUAAUUACCCCCCAAUCCUCCCUUCCCUAUCCCAUCCUCCCCA